GAGCGAGGGCAAGCUCUUCCUGUUUUGAUAACUGCAACACACACGAGUGUACGAGAGAAGAAAGCCGAAAAACCCAAACUUUUGAUGUAUUUAAUCAUCUUUAUCGGAGACUACGGCUUUCCCAGCAAGAGAGUAAAUUAAGAGACUCAUUCGGAAGCCGCUGGUUGAGGUUAAUGAUUAACCAUCGCUGAGUUUACAGCUAACGUUAACUCGUUUAGUAGCUAAAUUAACGUUACGUCAGGUAAACAAAGCGUCGGUUGUAAAGAGCAAGAUGCCGUCCCGUGUGGAGGAUUACGAGGUGUUGUAUACUAUAGGUUCAGGUUCCUAUGGACGAUGCCAGAAAAUAAGACGGAAAUCUGACGGGAAAAUCCUUGUGUGGAAGGAGCUGGAUUAUGGCACCAUGGCGGAGAGUGAGAAGCAGAUGCUGGUUUCAGAGGUGAACCUCCUGAGGGAGCUCAAGCACCCAAAUAUAGUAAGGUACUACGACCGCAUCAUAGACCGGACCAACACCACGCUGUACAUUGUCAUGGAGCACUGCGAGGGUGGGGACCUGGCCAGCCUCAUCACCCGAUGCAUCAAAGAAAGACGUUAUUUGGAAGAACAGCUCAUCCUGCGAGUCAUGGCACAGCUCACGUUAGCCCUGAAGGAGUGCCACAGACGGAGUGACGGCAGGGCCACUGUGCUUCAUCGAGACCUGAAACCAGCCAACAUCUUCCUCGACAUCAGACAGAACGUUAAGCUCGGUGACUUUGGCCUGGCGAGGAUCCUGAACCAUGACACCAGCUUCGCAAAGACAUUUGUUGGGACACCUUACUACAUGUCUCCAGAACAAAUAAACCGGAUGUCCUACAACGAGAAGUCAGAUAUUUGGUCGCUGGGUUGUUUGUUGUAUGAACUCUGUGCAUUAUCCCCUCCGUUUACCGCUUACAACCAAAAAGAGCUUGCAGAGAAGAUCAGAGAGGGGAAGUUCAGAAGAAUCCCGUACCGAUACUCUGAGGAACUGAACACUCUACUCAGCAAAAUGCUCAACCUUAAGGACUAUUUGCGGCCCUCUGUGGAGUCUAUCCUCCAGAGCAGCCUAUUGGCUGACGCUGUCGCCGAGGAACAGAGGAAGGCACAGGCGCGGCUUCGCCGGCGGUCAGCGGACUCUGACUGUCACAAGCCUGCUGAACCAACGGCCACUUCUUCCGCAGAGCUCAGACUCAGGGAACAGGCGCUGCGUGACAGAGAAAAGGCGCUGAAGGAACGUGAGGAGAGGCUGGAGCAAAGGGAGCAGGAGCUGUGUGUCCGUGAACGACUGUGCACUGAGAAGCUAGCAAGAGCUGAGGGUUUAUUGAAGAAUUACAACCGUGUGCAGCUGCAGCAGAGGGACCUGGCACAGUUCUACACCAAAGACAUAGAUGUGGUGGAGAACCUCUCCCCCGGCAAGAAGAAGGUCCACUUUGCUGGUGAGAGCAAAGAGAACCAGCGGCCUGAUAGCCGUCAGAGUGCGACGUCCCAGGAGCUGAUUUUGAGGAGGCUGCAGGCGGCCAAUCUGCGCGCCCAAACACUGAAAGAAGUGGAGAAAACCUGUCAGUUCAAGAGCAGGCAGAUCCUCGGCAUCCGCUGAUUAUACAGAUAUCACUGUGACUGAAUGUGAAACCUACUGAAGGAUAGCUGGAUGUAAUUUAAGCAUUAUUUAUAUGAUAAUUGAGUAGCGUUGACAGUAGUGAAACCAAAUGAUUCAAUCCUGUGUAUAGUUGUGUGUGUUAAGUUUUUUAGUGUUUUAUUGGAGGUGUGUCAGAAUUUUAUUUAGUUUGAAGUGCUGAUGUGUUUAUUUUAUAGGCAGCUAUUGUGACUGUAAACAAUGUACUGUAUAUUCUUGCUACAUAUAUAAAUCUGUGUUC